AUGGCGCCUCAACUGCCCCAGUGGCCGAUCUACCCCGGUCAGCUUCUGGCCGAACAGGAAGAGGAGCCAAAUGGGAACAAGCGGGCCAGAGUUGCGCUGGCCUGCCAAAGGUGCAAGACGAGGAAACAGAAGUGUGAUGGACGCGACCCUUGCCGGAAGUGUAAGAAUAGCGAUGCACAGUGCGAGUAUAUCGUUCCACCGAGACCUAUGCCUUUCGGCAAGAAUCAAUACAUCAAAUCACUUGAGAGCCGCGUCGCUGAACUAGAGACCUUGCUGUCCUUACAUGGAAUGUCCGAACUCGGCAACGACCACUGGAAAGCAAUCUCGCCCAGCAACCGCAGCGCUGGAAACUGGGAAGCGGCCGCUUCUGACCAUAGGUCGACGUCGAGCAGUACAGAGGCUGUCCAGCUAGACCCGAAGGCGACUGUUUUAGACUGGCAAGACGGUUCUGACUCGGUGGUGUCAAUCUUAAGAAGUUUGUCGCUCGACGUGAAUGGCUCUGGCUACAUCGGAGCUUCGUCUCAUAUGGCCUUGGGUAAAUUGUUCCCCUUUCUUCGCCGAGGCCGCCACCGCGAUGUCGUCGCCUUUACAGCGCCAUCAACCGAGUCUUCUACGCCGGAAGUCAUACAGCCCAUUGACUUCGCCGACGUGCCGAAUCAGGUGGCUGAUCGGCUUUUCGGAGGGUACAUGAAACACAUCGCCACGCGAACUCCCGUCAUCUACUCCGUCUGGGCUCGAGAUGUCCACCAGAGGCGGCACACCCUCUCCGACCGCUUCGAGAUUACUAUUCUCCACUUGGUUUACGCGACCGCGGGCCGCUUCAUCGAGACCACAGGAGAGUUUGGCAGGUUCCAUGUGAAGCGGCACUACGUAUCGGCCGUACAGGGCUUAGAAACGAUCCUGGAGUAUAACGACAUUAGAACUGUACAGGUGCUUAUGCUGAUGGCCAUCUAUUGCCUUCGUGACCAUAUUGGACCCGGCGCUUGGACAUGUAGUCGAAUGGCUCUACUGAUCGCCAUUGAGCAUGGCCUUCACCGUCAGACCAAGGCCUUGUCUCAGGUGACCUUGGAGGGCGAGUUGAGAAAACGACUCUUUUGGACGUGUUACGCCUUCGACCGACAAAUCUCCAUCCCGAUGGGCAGACCAUUUGGAAUCUCGGAUCGAGAUAUCGACCUGGCGUUUCCGCUGGACAUCAACGAAGACGCCACCGAGGAAGAGCUCGCCCACGUCAAGGCCUUCUCAGCAGGUACGCCGCCAACUAGUACCUCGCUUACUCCUUUUAUAGUCAUUACGCGACUGAGGCAGAUCGAGUCGGACAUUCAGCAGACCAUUUAUAGAGUGGAUAGGAGCGGCCCGGUCGUCGAGUCCGUCGCCGACGAUUUUCUGGCACAGCUUGAGAAGUGGAAAGGCAUGAUUCCUCAAGAUACGCACAAUCUCACCGACAUUGGCGAUGUUCCAUAUGAUGGCUACGAUUUCUACAUGAUAUUCUACUACAAAUGUCAAAGGUUACUAUUGUAUCCUUUGAUUUCCAGCCCCAACGUUGCACCUCGUUUCAUGAAGGAAUGUGCUCGAGCUUGUGCGGGUGUGUGCGGGGCCUAUAGACGUCUACAUCAAACCCUGCCGGUCGGGUACUCGUUCAUGGCGGUUCAGACCGUGUUUAUGGCUGGUCUUACGCUGGCCUACUGCAUCUGGAAUUCGCCGGAUAAGAUCUUCGACCUGACUACCAGCAAUGGCAUCCAUGACUGCAGUCUAGUGCUCUUCGUUAUCGCCGAGCGUGUACAUGCGGCGAAGAAAUACCGCAACGCAUUCGAGGCUAUCCGCCAGAGACUGCUCGACCAAAUCGCCCACGCGCCCUCUAUCCAGCCUCGUGACGCCGCGGCAUCUGGCAUGGUGACUGAGCCGAUCCCUGCCGCCCCGUCGUUCGAUGUGAAUAUGCAGUUUGAGGUCGACAAUGGUGGUUAUGAGCAGUUCUUGUCCAUCAUUACCGACAUCACGGGCGAGGACUUUUUCACCGGCAUCAAUCCGUUCGGAGGCGCCAUGACUUCUGGCACAAGCGGUGAGCCUACCGCCAUGUUUGGCUCCAAUGGCCCUUGGACCUUCGACGAUGGCUUCUGGAACUGA